CCCAUAGCCACUUAGUCACUUAGUGACUGGCUCUGUAGGCAUGGUAACACGUUAUUUAAGCACAUUGGUGUGACACGCCCCCAACUUCCAGCCAAUCAGAUGAAGGAGAAGCUGUGACAUCAGCUGCCAAUCCUCUCAGGGAGAAUACGGCACGUAGUGAAAGCGAGGCUUGAGCCGCACGGCAGAUUUCCGGAUGUGGCACAUGGAUUGCGAAGUAGACACGUCACCCUAUAACACGUUGACGUCAGAGGCUCCGGUGCCUGUCGUCAUGUGAUUCGUCGCUGCAGCAUCAUUCUAUUAGAUGGACGUAGAUGAGGCAUUUCACUCAGUCGGGGAGUUCGGCCGGUGCCAGAAGCGGCUGACAGGUUUCCUAGUCCUGCUGCAGGUUUACGUGGCUUGUCAGUCCAUGCUGAUCAUCAUUGUGGGAGCCAUACCUGAAUAUCAUAUUGACGCAGAGGAUGCACCUGCCGACAGAGACAGUAUAAAGCAUGUUCACUUUACCGACAAUUUCACGUCCAUAGUAUCAGAGUGGCACUUAAUACAGCAUGAAGCAUACAAGGUCAAUCUGGCAUCUUCAUUAUUAUUUGCCGGCCUCCUUAUUGGGAAUAUUUUGUUUGGACCUUUGUCGGAUAAACUUGGGAGGAGACCAGUAUAUUUAACAGGACUAUUUUUUAAUGUCAUUUUUGGGUACCUAACAGCCCUGGCUCCAAGCUAUGAAAUUUUUGCAUUCUCACGAUUAUUUGUUGGAAUAAUGAAUGGCGGUAUGUCACUUGUGUCUUUUGUAUUAACACAAGAAUAUGUUGGAAAAUCCUAUUGGGCUUUGACAGGUUCUUUAACUAACCUAACUUUUGCUGUUGGCAUAGCGCUUUAUGCUUUGCUGGGCUAUUACAUCAGGAACUGGAGGAUACUUGCCUUUGUAGCCAACUCUCCAGGAGUUCUGUUUUUUCUGCUUUCAUUUUUGCUCCCUGAAUCCCCAAGAUGGCUGUACUCACACGGUUUUACAGCUGAGGCAGAGGCAGUAUUACACCGUAUAGCUCGUGGCAAUGGCAAGGAAAUUCCUUCACUGAAACUAAAACUAUGCAGUUCAGCACCAGGAACGGUUGACUCCGCACACAGUGUCUUUGAUUUACUGAGAUAUGGAGUGCUGCUCUGGAGGACAGUCAUCCUGAUGUAUAUCUGGUAUGUCUGCAGUCUGGUUUACUAUGGCCUGACCUUAAACGCUGGGGAGCUGAAAGGCAAUCUCUAUUUCAAUGUGGCAAUGUAUGGUCUUGUAGAAGUCCCCGCUUUCCCUCUCUGCUUGUUCUUCAUUGAAAAGUCUUGGUCUGGAAGAGGAAAAUCCACUGCUGGUUUUCUAGUCUUUGCUGGACUGGCUUGUAUAUUCACAAUGUUUUUACCAGACAAUAACAGUUUGUAUUUGAGUCCAGCAGUCCUUGCCUUACUCGGAAAGUUGUCCGUCAGCGCUGCAUUCAAUGUGGUGUACAUUUACACUUCUGAGCUUUAUCCUACGGUAGUCAGGAAUGCCGGAUUGGGUGUAUGUGCCAUGGCGUGCAGAUUUGGUGGUAUUCUUGCUCCGUUCGUACCUUCCAUGAAAUCUCUUAAUCCAUCAAUGCCAUUCUUGGCAUUUGGAAUCAGCGGCAUAUCAGCGGGAAUCCUGAGUCUCUUACUGCCAGAAACACUUAAUAAGCCAAUUGCAGAGCGCAUUGAAGACUUACAGUCUCCUGCAUACCAAUUGUUAAACAAGGCAAAGCAAAAGGAAGAUGACAACUGACUUUAGACACAUUCCAUGACCCCAGUGGACCUCUUAUGGAUAUGGACAUCAAGUCAUUGAGAUAUCUUAUGAGCAUCUGACGUGGACAUCAAGUCAUUGAGAUAUCUUAUGAGCAUCUGACAUGGACAUCAAGUCAUUGGCAGUUCUGGCAUAAAAAGCUUUCUAAGAAUAAGGGUCAUUAAGAUGUUACAAGAAGGGUACCAUAUGCUAAGUAUUGAUGGUUUCCCUAGCAACUGUCCAUCAAAUUCAGUUUGGUUUCCUCGCGCCUUAUACUUGUGUUGUCAAACAUAGAGCAUUUUGACACAUAGCCUUUGUUGAGAAUCCAUUCAGUACGCCUGCUAUAAUUUAUAAUAGGCAGUGUUAUGUAGCUGAUGUUAAGAAUUUUGUACAAUCUGAGAAUCUGUAGGUCACCUACAAAAAUGUACUAAAAUGUGACUGCUGUGAGUCUGAUGCCAUGCAUAAAGUUUUGUAUCAAACUAUUUAGUAUCUCCGUUUUGGUGCAGUGAGAGUGCACUGUCUUCUGGUUUAUGAUAACCAUGAAGUCUCAUACUUCAAAGAAAAUACUUUGCAAAGGAGAAAUAAUGGCGCCUCUCUGUUGUGAAUGAUGUAGCCAUGUUUAUGGACCAAAUGUACAUUUAGAAGUUUGUUUCAAAACUUGGACAUUUCUUUACUGUGUUUUUUGGUAAAAUAUGUUGAUGCUGUUUUGAAUGUAUUUGAUAAAUCAAGAUCUAAAGUUUUCUAUUUGUUCUUUGUGGUCUCAGGUUAUGAUCAUAUAACAAUUUUACAGCUUCUUUUAUAAAACACCAUAAAAUUUCUUAGGCGUCUUUUCUUUUUUUACCAGCUCAACAUACACACUCUUAACUUAAAUAGUCCUAUGUUGAUAAGUUAUCCACAGCGGAUAAAAGCAAAUAGAUUACCCAGCAAUAUAUUAUUCUGUAUUUUAAAUUUGAGUUGAAUUGUUUUUCAAUUCAGCAGCCCAUUAUGUUUUCUUGCCAUGAUUCCCGUUAUGCUAUAAAACUAAUGGUUUUAUGCAUAUCAUUAUUGUGUUAGAGGAUGCAGCCUAAUCCUUGCCUACAUUAUUCUGUGAAGUAAUAAGUAGUAUUCUUGCUGUGCCCAUUAUACCUUUUCUCUUUUACCAUACUAGCAUUGAGAAAAUUAACUAGUUAAAGGCCAAUCAGCUGAAGUUGGUGGUUCUUAAACCUUUUUUGCACAUAGAAACCCACAAAUGCUGCAAACUUAAUGA